AUGUCAUCUCCCCUUCACGAACAAGACGGCGUCGAGGCCCUCCAGAAGAUCAUGGAUCCCAUGCAGAUUGAUGACCAGGAGGAAGGUACCCACCCCGAGCACCCCCCGUCUGACGAUAGCUCUGAAGAGCCCGAAGAGGAUGCCGAGGAAGAACGGAGAAUCCGAGAAGGGUUCAUCGUAGACGAGGAGGAGGAGGAAGAAGAAGACAACAGCGAGGAAGAGCGUCGUCGGAGGCGCAAGAGGCGCAAAAGACGUCACCGACGAGAGAGCGACGAAGAGGAAGGGUUAGAAGAAGACGAUCUCGAGCUUCUUGAAGAAAACACUGGAGAGACAUUUGCUCGCAACAAGAACAAAUUAACUCGUUUGCGAAGGGGUAGAGACUCGCCACCCGUAGCAUCGUCCUCCAAACGGAAAGCUGUUGUCGAAUCAUCGGAUGAUGACCUCGACGGGGAUGACCUGGAGAUGCCUCAGGUUCAAGAUAUUCAGCGUAUCUGGGACGACGCACACCAAACUGGAGGUCGCGACGAGGAAGAGGAUCUGGACGAUUUCAUUGACUAUGAUGACGAGGAGGAGGGCGUCGGUGGUAUGGAUGAGGAGGAACGAGAGGAACGAAGACGAGAGCGCCGAAGGCUUGAAAAGGAACGUAGGAAAGCUCUCGGCUCUCGUCCUGAACUUACAGGCAUUGACGCGAACGCGUGGGAUGAGAUCCACGAAGUUUUCGGCGAUGGUCAUGAUUACGAUUGGGCAUUGGUUGACGAGGAUGAAGACUAUCGCGAAGAGCAACCGAAGCCUGAAAUGAACUAUCAGGACGUUUUCGAACCUUCUGAAAUUCGUGCCCGUCUUCUAACCGAAGAUGAUGAUCUCAUUCGCGCUCAGGACAUACCAGAGCGAAUGCAACUCGCGACGUCGUCAUUAUCCCAAUCAUCAACACUGUCGAUGCAUAAGCCAUUGACAGAAGAUGAUUUAGACGAAGCAGCGACUUGGGUUGUCACCCGCCUCUCUCGCAAAGAACGAGACUGGUUCCGGUCUGAUGGUCAACACUUCGAACUUUUAGCGCACCUUGUCACCGCUAUCACGUUCGCUCUCCGGUACCUCUUCAUCCAAGAAUUCGAGGUGCCCUACAUCUGGGCUCAUAAACGUGACUACAUCACGCAUUUCGACGAAAGCGACAUCCGCACACGUGUCGAUUUACUCAGUCUCGAUGAUCUUUGGCGCGUCUAUGCUCUUGGACAAAAAUAUCGUUCUCUGCUUGAACGCAAGAAAUCCUUGGAGUCGCUCUAUGCUCGGCUGGGCGUCGCUGACGAAUAUUUCGAGAACGAGGUACGGCGGAGCAUCGACAACGUAGAAAUCAUCAACGAUACAACCGAGUGGAUGGGGAUGAAGUACAAGGAUCACAAGAAAGACAGCGCUUUCGAGUUGCAUUUUCAUGACGAUGAAGAACACGUUGACACCAAAAAGCGGAAAAUGCCUAGUCGGAUAUCCAUGUACGAGGUCGCCAAGAAGAGUGUCGUGUAUAAAUUGUCACAGGGUUUCGGUAUCAAGCCUCAUGAAAUCGUCAUGAACUUCAUCUCAUCUGAAACGGCACAUUUUGUCGAGGAUCAAGAUCUAAAUCCAGAAGCUUAUGCCGAACAGUUUGUCGACCCUGAUCCCACAAAGGCUCAGCCAGCCUCGGAGGUGCUCCAACGUGCUCGAAUGAUUAUUGCCACGGAACUGGGCAAGGACCCUCUUCUGCGACAAGAAAUCCGGAAGAAAUUCAAGACUGACGCCAAAGUAUCAGUGCUUCCUACCGAUCGAGGGAUCAACAAGAUUGACGAGCAUCAUCCGUAUUUUGCUUUUAAGUAUCUAUAUCAGAAAUCUGUCACGGACAUGCUUGAAUCCUCCCAGUGGCUGCACAUCCUUGCGGCUGAAGCAGAACAUCUCGUGACCGUUAAUGUCUUCCUUCCUGACGAUUCCAAAGCUUCAUUCGCUCGGCGACUUGAGGAAGCGUUUGCUUCGGAUAGCUAUAGUGACACCGCGAAGGCUUGGAAUGCUGAACGUAUGCGAGUCGUAUCGGAGACGCUGGAUCAUCAUCUGAUUCCUGCCGGCGCCAAAUGGACACGGGAAUGGCUCAGGGAAGAGGUUGAGGAUAUCAUGGCUUGGAGAUGUGGAGAGACGUUACGUGAGCGUAUCGACCUAGCGCCAUUCAAGACAGAAGACUUAGAACCUGGUGAGACCCCAUCGGUCCUAGCGAUGUCAUGGGGCAAAGGGGAUCCACACAAAGAUGCCAUUACACUCGUCUUUCUUGACGAGGCUGGUCGUCUACGUGAACAGACCAAGGUCGACAAUCUUAGUGAUACCGAAUCUCGAGAUGAGUUCUUUGAUCUGCUCAGACGCCGCCGACCAGACGUGAUUGCUAUCAGCGGAUUCUCCAUGGCCACAACAAAGUUGUCUCUACGCGUCAAGGAGCUAAUUUAUCCACAGGCAGGCGACGGCAUGAACGUUGAUAGCAACGAGACAGGCGGUGAAUUCUCCAAGAUAUCUGUCACUUACGUCCUUGACGACAUUGCUCGCCUCUAUCAACACAGCAAGCGUGCUGCAGAGGAAUUCACUUCUCUCACAUCUAUCGCAAAGUACUGUGUGGGUCUAGCGCGUUAUAUUCAGAGUCCCCUCAAUGAGUACGCCGCACUCGGAUCCGACAUAACGACCGUGUCGUUUGAGGAAGAUCAUCAACAGCUCAUCCCGAAGGAGAAGCUGUUGUCGUCAUUCGAGCGUGUUCUCGUUGACAUCACGAACAAGGUUGGGGUUGAUGUCAACCGUGCUGUUACAGACUCGUACUAUCAGCACCUCUUGCCAUUCAUUUGUGGUCUGGGGCCUCGAAAAGCUCAAGUACUGGUCAAGAAAAUCGCUGCUAUGGGUGGCAACCUCACGAGCCGUGACCAAUUUAUCCGUGCUGGUCUCCUUACCACGAAGAUUUUCUUGAACGCAGCCGGUUUCCUUCGCAUCUCACAGGAAACCGUUGGUAAGGCGGUCAAGAAUCGUCAUGAGGACUUGGACAUGCAAGACCCCCUCGACAGUACCCGUAUCCACCCCGAGGAUUAUGACUUGGCGCGGAAAAUGGCUACAGAUGCUCUUGAGCUUGACGAGGAAGACGUACAUGGCGAGCAUCCAUCACACGUUGUGGCUCUUAUCAUCGAGGAUGCGGAUAACGUCAAGAAGCUUGACGAGUUGAACUUGGAUGAUUUCGCGUCCAGUCUCAUGGAGUCUGGAGGCGAGAGGAAGCGUCACACGCUGAAUGUCAUUCGCGCCGAGCUAAUCAAACCGUUCGCGGAAGUGAGACAACCAUUACGCAUGCCUACGGAAUGGGAAGUGUUGACAACACUGUCGGGAGAGACGUUGCGGACGUUGCGGGUCGGACUCAUCGUCUCUGUCCAGGUCAUGCGAGUCAAGGAUAACUUCGCCGCAGUCCGACUUGACUCCGGUAUUGAAGGUGUCAUCAAUUCCCAAUACGCAGCCGACCAGCAGCCAGAAAACCUGAACACUGUUCUGCAGAAGCGACAAACAGUCCCCGGAGUGAUCAUCGACGUCAAGCUCGAUCUGCCACAUGACCACUUUCUUGUAGAGCUAUCGUCUCGACCUACGGACGUGCAGGCGGGGGACAGCCAAUUCCGGCGUGUCAAACAUGACCAGGCAUGGAAUCACUCACAGCAUGAGCGGGAUAAGGAACUGCAAGCACGAAAGAAACGUGCGGAAGUCAACAAGACGCGCCGGGUCAUCAAGCACCCCAACUUCCACAACUUCAAUUCGUCACAGGCGGAGGCAUACCUCGACACACAACAGAGGGGUGACGUUGUUAUUCGGCCAUCAUCCAAGGGCAACAACCACCUUGCGGUCACGUGGAAAGUGGACGACAAACUGUACCAACACAUAGAUGUCGUCGAGCCGAAUGCAGACCCGACUGGCCAGAGCAUCGGCAGCCAGCUUAUCAUUGACGGCAAAUACGAGUUCUCGGAUUUGGACGAGUUGAUCGUCAACCAUGUCCAGGCCAUGGCGCGACGUGUGGAGGAAUUGAUGGCCUUCGAGAAGUUCAAGCCUGGCUCGGAAGACGAGCUGCAUCUUUUCCUUAAGAACUUUGUCGCCGCCAAUCCGUCGAAGAGCGCAUAUGGCUUCGGUCUGAACCGGAAGAAGCCCGGUCAUUUCAGCCUGUGCUUCCUCACGAACAAGAACUCGACCAUUCACACAUGGCCUGUUCGCGUCGCACCAGAGGCAUACUACCUGUUUGACACGGCGGCCACAGGCGUUCCGGAGCUAUGCAACGCGUUCAAAGUGCGACAGAUGCACGAGUCACAGAGCCUAGGCGGACCCGGCGGAGGUCGCACACCCUACGGCGGGCGUACUCCAGGUCGCACACCGGCAGUAUCGGGGAUGGCAACGCCAGGCCACAUGUCGAUGCGUCAUGUCGGACGGACGCCCAACCCUUACGGUGGACAGACAGUGAACCCCGCCGCAGCGGGGGCUGCGACACCCGCCGUAUAUAACGGAGUAUCCGGAUUUGGAAUGCCGACGCCGACGCCGUUCGGUUACCAGACACCCAGCGGAUUUGGACAGAAGACGCCAGCGUCUGGGGCGUUCGGGCAGCCGCCAGGCGGGAUGAACCCACAGAGGGCGGCGAUGAUUCAAAAUUCAUCAACCUGGGGAGCGCCUCCUGCAGGCGGCGGAUGGUGAUGAUUCGUUUUCCGGAUGUAGAUGAUGUUCUCGCGAGAUUGCACAUGUAUUUUAAUUUUUCAUUGCUAUCGAACGAUACUGUACUUCCGAGCUGUUGACUUGGUCGGCAAUCUUUU